AAAGAACAACCUACAACCCACAUCAACAACAACCACCCCACUCAUCACGAUCAACUUCAUCUUGCGAUACCUAAAGCAACAUAUCACCUAAACCGCUCGAGCAAUUGAUCAGAGCACCAUACAACUGCUGCAGGAACCGCCGCGCAGCUGUAUCACACAAAAGCACACAUCAAUAUGUUCUCCAGAGGAAUCCGUGUCGCCUCGAGGCGAGUCCUCGCUACACCCAUCCGCCCUGCCAUCCUCAGCGCACCUCGACAACUCACCCCAGCCGUCUCCGUUGGCGCAACUCGAUCCUACCACGAAAAGGUUCUUGACCACUACUCUCGACCGCGAAAUGUUGGGUCGAUGAGCAAGACUGAUGCAGAUGUUGGAACUGGACUGGUAGGCGCACCGGCAUGUGGCGAUGUGAUGAAGAUUCAGAUACGCGUUGACCCCGACUCAAAUACCAUCUCCGAUGUCAAGUUCAAGACCUUUGGCUGCGGCAGCGCCAUCGCCUCCUCAUCCUACUUGACCGAGCUUGUCCGCGGCAUGACUCUGGACAAGGCCUCCCAGAUCAAGAACACGGACAUCGCCAAGGAGCUGUGCCUGCCCCCUGUCAAGCUGCACUGCUCCAUGCUGGCCGAGGACGGCAUCAAGGCCGCGAUCUCUGACUACUACACCAAGAACCCGACUGCCAAGAAGACGAACCUCGCUGGUACUGGUAUGAAGAUGCCCGAGGUUGAAAUCACCUCCGCGCCGGCGGCUGCUGCUGCUUGAAGGCGGUUGUCAAGUCCGACGGAGUUCCGAGAAUGGGAGUUUCUCGUGCAGGGUGCAGUACUUGUUCCGGCGUUUUGGGGUUCGUGCUGGGGAUUCUUUCACUUUCUUUAAUCAAAUACCACACAAAACAAUCAGUCUGAGCUGGUUGGAGGUGGAGUCCUUCAUGAAUCUUUCGGAAGUUGGGUCUUGGUGGACUAUGAAAGGAUCAAGUUCUGGAUUGGACAUGCUCAGGGGACAGACACUGCAAUGACGAUGGAUGGUUGGUGCCUACGGUCUUUGUAAUGUUGCAACAAAUUGACAUCUCCAUAGGUAGCAAGGUAACCGAAUACGAUGCAUUCGUUGACCUGCC